AUGCCUGAUGUUUUCGUCUAUGUAGGACCUGGUGCACCAGCAGUUUUCAACUGUGUUGUUGAAAUUGGCAAAGGCAGCAAGGUUAAGUAUGAGCUCGACAAGAAAAGUAGCCUUAUAGUAGUGGACAGAGUGCUUUAUUCAUCGGUUGUUUACCCACACAACUAUGGUUUCAUCCCACGAACAAUAUGUGAGGAUAGCGAUCCUAUGGAUGUCCUAGUACUGAUGCAGGAGCCCGUGAUACCUGGUUAUUUCCUUCGUGCUCGUGCUAUUGGAUUAAUGCCCAUGAUUGAUCAAGGUGAAAAGGAUGACAAGAUCAUUGCAGUAUGUGCGGAUGACCCUGGGUUCCGCCAUUACACUGACAUCAAGGAGAUUCCUCCACAUCGCCUUGCAGAAAUUCGUCGGUUCUUUGAGGACUGUAUCCUAUUACUUUACGCCAUGAUAGACAAAAAGAAUGAGAACAAGGAAGUUGCUGUUGAAGACUUUCUACCUGCUGAGGCUGCCAUUGAGGGAGGCCAUCAGAUACUCCAUGAACCUGUUCUUGGGUUUUUGCAGAUUGGUGAAGGUCCGAAGGAACUGGGCUCUUUUGCUUUGCUACUGUGCUGGAGUUUUAUUUGCCAACAGCAACAGGCUGUGGUUUAA